UCAGCUAAUGAAAGACUACUUCAACGAGAAUUGCACAUAUACACCGGAGUACUUUCACAGGCGAUUCAGGAUGCGACGAAAACUUUUUCUUCGUAUCCUUAAUGAUGUCAAAGCUUAUGAUGACUACUUUGUCCAAAAAAAGAUUGCAACUGGUCGUCUGGGAUUGUCUUCUAUACAGAAGAUGACAACUGCUGUUCGUAUACUUGCAUAUGGUUGUGCAGCCGAUCACUAUGAUAAGUAUAUUAAAAUCGGCGAGAACACUGCCAUUAAAUGCUUGAAGGCGUUUUGUAAUGCUAUUGUUGCUGUGUAUGCAGAAAAGUAUAUGCGCCCACCCAACAAAGCCGACAUAGCACGGUUGCUUGAAGAAGGGGAGCAGAGAGGUUCUCCGGGCACACAUAGGGGACGAUCUAGUAAGAAUACUCUCGUAUUGGAAGCAGUUGCCUCACAAGAUUUGUGGAUCUGGCAUGCAUUCUUCGAAAUGCCGGGUUCACACAAUGAUAUAAAUGUGUUGGAUCAUUCCUCGGUAUUCAACGGCAUCAUCAAUGGCCAAUUACCUCCGGUUAAUUAUGUAAUGAAUGGACAUCACUAUAGAAUGGGGUAUUACUUGUCUAAUGGUAUAUACCCUAAGUGGGCACCUUUGAUGCAGACUAUCCCGCACCCAACCACUACAAAAGAAAAAUUAUUUGCUCAGCGACAAGAGGCAGCAAGAAAAGAUGUGGAACGGGCUUUUGGGGUAUAG